AGACGUGGACCGUUGUUUGCAUUGCAAUGGCCGCUGCGAGUUGGAGGACGGGGCACCAACUCCCUCGCCGUCCCGCGCCGUGCUCCAAGCAGAACCGGACCACCAGCAAUAGCAAGCCGCCGGUGGUGAUCGCGCACGAGUGCCCCAGCGCGAUGCGUGCCCACGUGGUGGAGGUGCCCGCGGGGCGCGACGUGCUGUCGUGCGUCUCGGCGUUCGCGCGGCGUGGGCGGCGCGGCGCGCUGGUGCUGGGCGCGGCCGGGCAAGUCACGGACGUGGUGCUCCGGGAGCCAGCAGCGCUGGUGCUCCGCGGCACCAUGGAGAUACUGAGCCUGGCCGGCUGCUUCUUCCCGUUCCCGGCUCCAGCCACGGGGACGGCGGUGUUCCUGGCGGGGCCGCGGGGCAGCGUGCUGGGCGGUGGCGUCGCGCUGGGAGGGCUGGUGGCCGCAGGGCCGGUGGUAGUGAUGGUGGCCACGUUUGUGGCGGCGGCGCUGGACAGGCUGCCGUUGGGCAAUAAGGGUUGUGACGACGUGCAUGCCAUGGACACCACCGGGCGUGCGGCUGGGCCUGGGCGGCAGUGUGCCGAAAGCACCAGCAGCGUGGCAAAUAAGGAUCCAUUCCUGCCUGCUGCUCUUUACUAGCAUCCUUACAACUCUAGCUAGUAAUGAACAAACUCCAUAAGGAUCUAUGCUCCUGUUAGUUGAUGAGAAAUGGAAGAGGGUCGGCGGCACUACGUGCACAGCUCUCUCA